AUGAAAGCGGCGAAAAGUGGCGACAGGAUGGCAAAUCCGUGGAUUAAACUCAAGCCUCUGCUGAUGCUGCUGGGAUUAAUGUUUAUUUUAAUCGGCUGCUGUCUGGGCGGCAAGACGACCACCAUCGUUAGCCACACAGACACCCUGGAUCCGCAGGCCGAUGGCUUCUGGGCCAACAAGACCACUUGGAACGCUCGGUGGGUGAAGUACUGGCGCGCCAAGAAGAUCUACGAGCCGGUGUGGAAGAAGGUGUGGACACCCACCAUCCACAACGAGUGGGUUCCUCUGCCCAACGCCCCCAACGAAUGGGAGGCGGAGAAGGGCCGCUCGUACCGCUGACAUGAAGAGACUGAAACCAUAGGAUA